AUGGACUCUAUCGACAAAACAUAUGCUCCGGUUGAGUAUAUGCCUCUUGAGGAUAUAGAACGGCCUGAGCGCUAUCGGCCUGGAGGAUAUCACCCCAUAGCUAUUGGAGAUCGUCUUAGUGAUCGUUACGAUGUCGUUCAUAAACUUGGUUUUGGUACGUACUCGACAACUUGGUUGGCAAGAGACAGUAAUACAAAAAAGUACGUGGCUAUCAAGAUUGCCAUCGCCGAAGCAAAUAUACUAGAGAGCAAAAUCCUCAACUCCCUAGCACUCUCAGAACCAAGCGACGAGGGAUAUCCUGGAAAGGCUCUGAUCCCUCGAGUAUUGGAUAUUUUUUCCCUUGAUGGGCCUAAUGGAAGGCACACAUGCCUUGUUACAGAGCCUGGGAUGAUGGCCCUAGCCGAGGCGAGAGAUGCGUCAUAUACCAGACUUUUCAAAUUGCCCGUGGCCAAGGCCAUUGCGGCCCAGGUUAUACAAGCUGUCGCUUUCCUACAUCACCGAGGGGUAGUUCAUGCCGAUCUCCACUCAGGGAACCUAAUGCUUCGCUUGCCGAAUAGCAUAGACGAGCUUUUCCCUGGAGAAUUAUACGAAAAGUACGGUCAACCUAAUGUCGAGCAAUUUGUGCGCCUUUAUGGCAAGCCACUUUCCGGCGGAGUUCCUACUCACGGUGUUGUGCCCAUUUCGCUAGGGAAAGAAAGCGAGCUUGUGCCCCUCUCUGAAGCUAAAAUAUUUGUCACUGACUUUGGAGAGUCAUUUCUGCCAUCUAUUACUCAACGCCACCAUUCUAAUACGCCCGGUAUCCUUGCUCCUCCGGAGACCUACUUCAUGCCCCAUGAACCUUUGUCAUUUCCCUCUGAUAUAUGGACUCUUGCAUGUACCCUUUGGGAAAUUAUCGGACAAAGGCCACUGUUUGAGGGUUUUAAUCCGUCUAGCGACUGGAUGAUAAAAGAGCACGUGGAUGCACUUGGCAAGUUGCCGUGCGACUGGUGGCAGAAAUGGGAUGCACGACAGAGAUGGUUUACGGAGGAGGCUAAGAGAACGUAUGAAGGAGCAGGCAGACAAUUGGCUAACCGCUUCGUCGAUUCUAUACAGGAGCCUCGACGGGAAAGCACAAUGGAGGACAUUGGGGAAGCCGAGAAGAGUGCCCUGCUUGCCAUGUUAAGAGGAAUGUUGGCUUUUAAGCCGAAUGAAAGACUCCCUGUUACGGAAAUCAUUGAGUCUCAAUGGAUGCUGAGAUGGGCUCUGCCAGUGCUCGAAAAAGUAGCCGCAUAA